GCUGGAUCAAUGAAAGCCCAUCUAGUUUUCUGCUCCUAGCCCAAGUAUCUUCUUGUUACCUAUUUCAAUAGGGUUUGUUCUUAUCUUUGUGUUUAUAGCCAAAGUUAUAUUUAUCUUUUCACGUAUAACUUUAUUGAUAUUGAUAUCCAUAUUCAUAUUCAUACUCAUAUCCAUAUUUAUGCUCAUAUCCAUAUGUUUUCCGAAUUUAAUCGCCAAUUUUCGGUUUUGAUACUAAUCCUUCUUUUAUCAAAUCCCAUAUUAAUCAGUUGCAAGAUACUCGAGCUCUUUUACGAAGCAACUUGGGUCCAGGCUAAUCCAAAUGGUUUAUUCAAUAAAACCGUCAUUGGUUUUAAUAACUCAUGGCCUUUACCAAUAAUCAGAGCCAAUAAAGGCGAUACAAUCAACUUAUAUCUAACAAACAAAUUGAAGACCAAAAACACAUCUCUUCAUUUUCAUGGAAUGUUUCAGAAUGGCUCAAAUUUAAUGGAUGGUGCUGAUAUGAUAACUCAAUGUACUAUUCCUCCCGACCAGACCUUUCUAUAUAAUUUUACUCUAUCAGAUAAUCAGGUUGGUACUUAUUGGUAUCAUUCUCAUACUGGGUCUCAAUAUUUGGAUGGUUUAAGGGGUUUGUUUAUUAUCAACGAUAAUAAUGUUAAUGAUGUUACCAACACCAAUGCUGUAUCAUAUGAUAUUAACAACUAUAAUAACUCAUUAGCUCCUUUUGACUAUGAUGAAGAAAUUACAAUAUCCUUAUCUGAUUGGUAUCACAAACAAUAUUUCCAAUUAAAUGAAGAAUUUUUAAACAGAUAUAAUCCAACUGGUGCUGAACCAAUUCCAGAUUCCUUGAUUAUUAACGAUACUAUUAAUUUAAAUUGGAAUAUUUUGCCAGAUAAAACUUAUUUGUUAAGACUUAUUAAUGUUGGCGUAUUUGUUUCUCAAUAUUUUUCGAUAGAAGAUCAUGAAUUAACGGUUGUGGAAAUUGAUGGUGUUUAUGUUACACCUGUUAAGACGAAUUUAUUAUAUUUAACUGUUGCUCAAAGGUAUUCGGUUUUAUUGAAAUCAAAAAGUAUCGAUGAAAUCAAUUCAAAAUAUAAAAAUUAUAAAAUCAUGCAAAUCAUUGACAAGGAUAUGUUGGAUUUUAUUCCAGAUAAGUUACAACUAAACUAUACAAAUCAUUUAGUUUAUGACAAUAAAAUACCAGUUGAUAAUAAUCAAUAUUACAUUAAUGAUUUAUCUACUCAUCUUAAUGAUUUUUAUUUAAAACCUUUAGAUGAUAUUCAAAUUUUUGAUGAUUACGAUUAUCAAAUUAUUUUGGAUUUCGAAAUGGACAACUUAGGGGAUGGUAUAAAUUAUGCCUUUUUUAACAACAUUACAUAUGUUCAACCAAAAGUUCCCUCUUUAUUGACUGCUCUUACUGCCCCAAGUCAUUUAGUCAACAAUCCCUCGAUCUAUGGCUCCAACACAAAUACCUUUAUUUUGAAAUAUAAUGAGGUUAUUGAAAUUGUUUUAAACAAUAAGGAUUCCAAUAGACAUCCUUUUCAUUUGCAUGGCCAUAAUUUUCAAGUAAUUCAAAGAUCUCCUGCUUUUGAUGAUGACGACAAUCCCGUAUCUUACAAUGAAUCUGACCAUCAACCUUUUCCAGAAUUUCCUUUAAUAAGAGACACUGUUUAUGUUGAGAAAAACGGUUACUUGGUAUUAAGAUUCAAAGCAAACAAUCCCGGUGCUUGGAUAUUUCAUUGUCACCUAGAUUGGCAUUUGGAGCAAGGUUUAGCUAUCAUUUUAAUGGAAGCACCUGAAGUCCUUCAAUCUACUCCUUCUCAACAAAUCACUGAAAAUUACAAACAAAUGUGUAUUCAUGCUGGUAUCCCAGUAAAAGGUAAUGCUGCUGGGAACUUUGAGAAUUUUUUGGAUUUAUCCAAUGAGAAUAAGCAACCCAAUCCAUUACCAGAUGGUUUUACUUUAAAAGGUUAUAUUGCAAUCAUAUUAUCUUCAUUAUUAUGUCUAUGGGGUAUCUUUUCAAUUGUGAGCUUUGGUUUAAAUGAUAAUGAUCAAAAUAAUCAUGAUGUUUAUGAGAACUUGAAAAAAGUUUUAACAGAUCAUAAUCUAAUUGAUGAAGAAAACUUUAAUCAUUCAGGAAGGAUAAGCUAUGGAAAACUUAAUAAUCAAGAAAGUCAAGAAAGUCAAUCUUUAAUAAAUAUAAAUCGAAAUUGAUUUGUUUAAUUUGAAAUACUUUUAUCAAUACUUUUUGCAUCAAAAAAAAGUACUUGGUUUAUUUUAUGCUGAUCUUGUUAUAUAGUCUUUAAUUUAUUUUUAGUCAGGUUUUUGGGCUUGAGUUUUUUUGAAGUCUUGUUUUUUUAUCUUAUUUUAAGAAAACUAAUAAUAUGGUCUUUGCAAUUGUUUUAAAAUGUCAAAAAAUUGUGAAUUUAAAAUAAAGUGUAAGAAAAAAAAAACAAAGCCGAAAUAAAAUAGAAAUUAAAAAUUAUACUAUAAAAAACAUAAAAUAAUACUGAUUAAUAUAAACACAAGAAAGAAAACAAAAGAAAUAAAAGAAACAAAAGAAACAAAAGAAAACAAAA